GUUGUCUUUGGAAGUCAACAAAAAAAAAAGUAGAAAAAAACUGAACUCUGGUUUUACUAGAUCAGGAUCAAGAUGCAACAGUCAGAGCAAUGGAUAGGUUGGAGUUUAAAGAAAGAAAGUUGAUGUCACUAUCAAGAGAAACCAAACAACAAAAAGUGUCUGACCCAUCACCUGAUUAUCUGAUGGGUGAUCUAUUGAUGAAGAAAGAUUAUAUAGAAAGUGAUGUGUGGUAUGCUGGCCUUAUACCGGGUGUUCCUGUAGAAGUAGAUGUGACUAACAGAACUGAUGUAUUACGAAUCAUCGAUCGUGGCAAGAAAGAAGAGUUAGUUCCCCUGCAGCUUUCGCAAGAUCCUGAUGCUGUUUUCAGUCUCAGUAAAAGCAAUAUUAGGAUCCACAAACAAGAUUAUGAGACCCUUGAUAUUCCUAUCCAUGUUAUAGCAGCUGUAUGUUAUAUUAAAGAUGAUGGUCUUCACACUCUAGCUAUUAAAUAUGGAAUUCCUGACAAAUGUGAUUUGGCAGUACUGUACUGUAAAAAUCAGGCUCAGGCAGACACUAUUUGCGCUGCUGUAGGCCAGUGUUUCCAGCGGGCUUACCAGGAGGCCACUAUUGAAUUACUACAGGAAACCAUCAGGCAAGCUGAAAAAGACAGAUCUUCUAUAGCAUCUUCAGAAGGUUCUAGUACUACUAUUAAUGAUCUUAAUCAGCAUUCAUUUUUAUCCACAUCAGAUCAAGAAGAAACUAAACCAAGAAAACACAGGACUCGCAGUGUUGGAGAAAAAAGUGAGACAAGUAGUAUUGGUCAUCAUGCAUUACUGGUUAAGGAAUAUAUGAACAAGCUUCCAAAUAUUUUUACAAAUUAUGAUGAGUUGAAGCAGUUUGGUACUUUGUUUCAAGCCUUGAAUGAUCCUUUGAAUACAGACAUCUCAGAUAUAUGUGAUAAAAUGUUUAAACUGUAUGGACCAAAGAGAGAACAUCUUAUGACAGAGUUAUGUCCCUUUAUUCCCAGUAAGCACUACCAAUACUUUGAGAGAUUUUUGAAGGACAAAAGUUUAAGUGUAUCAGAGAAUGGCCACAGCACCAUGUCAAGUAGUCACAGUUAUAACAGAAUAUACACGAAACAUAACUACAGCGAAGGCGGUCUCAGAGUGAUGUAUCAACAAUGAAUGCCAGUGAUCUUGACCAUGUGUUGGAACGUUUAUCUGUAGAAUUGGAGAAAAUGGACGCUAGUGUUGGCGAUGUAAAUAAUUCCUAUAUUUAUACUAACAACAGUGAUACAUGACAGUUCUUCCUGAAUAAUGGCAUAUUGAUUGAUAUGCAAUGCUUUAUUUAUUUCAUGGAUUUAGGAUCAUGUUAAUUUGGAGAAAAUUUUUAUGUUAUUUUUCUUAAAUUUAUGGUUAUAUUGUAUGAACAAAAAUGUAGUAUUAAUUAUGAACUGUUGUCACAUGAUGAAGGCAAGAAUUUCAUUACAUAAUAAAAGUGUAAGUGAGUAUUUAAUAUUAGCAAUAGAAUAAAAAGAAGCUUACACUAGAAAUAUUGUGGCUAUUUUCAGAUAGGAAUAUAAAACUGUAAAUAGUGUUAAAACAAUAGUGUAUCUAAAUUUCAUAAGAAGGGGUAAUGUAGAUUCUACUUCAUAUUUUUAUUAUAUUUUUAUCAUAUUUAGUAUAAGUAAAACAGGAUAAAAAUGUUAACGGAAUAUUUUGCUCCCCGCUGUUGCUCAUUUAGAAACCAAAAAUUUCUUAAGAAGGGGAAUAACCCAUAUAAAACCAUAAUUAGUCAAAUAAAUGCAUUUGGCAAUAGCGCUCUGGAAAGGUGUAUUUCAACACAUUACAUAACUUCAAUUAUAAUAUUUUGUUAGUAUUUAAAAUGAUUUGAUAUUUACAAUGAUUUUAAACACAUUUAGGCCUGCUUUGUUUAUUAGCAUGUAGGAUUGAGAUAAUAUGAGUUAUGAUCAAAUAAAAUUAAUCAAGCACAAAAAAGUGAUAGUUUUCAUAUCACUGUAUCAAGAAAUGUCAGUUUCUUCUGUCCCCUUAAAACCUAUUUUUAUAUUUUAUACAGACUAACAAUAUAAUUUUACCAGUUAUAUUGCUUAAAAGUUGAAUAUGAUGUUUUGUUUUUCACUUCAUUAUUUAGUGGACAUUAGUUCUCCAAAAUUCAAAUUUCUUUACAUAUGCUUAUCCAGAUAUGAUCAAUGGUAUUUUUUAUCAUUAUUCACACGACUUAAAGGUUGUGAGCUGUUGGUAUUUAUCUUACCUCAUCUGUUUUAAAAAAUAACCGGUCAAUUUUAACCAAACUUACUCAUUAUCAUCAUUAAUGUGUGAAGUUGUAGCUGAAUAAAAAGAUUAGACUUCUGAGUAACUAACAGGAUCCCAUUAUCAACAUUUUGUAAUAUUUUAUAGCUAGAUAUCCUUAUGUGUGGGUAUUUUCACCAGUAGAACAACUUUUUACAUUAAUGUUCUGAAGUUAAAAACAUCUUCAAGCUCUUUAAAAUACAGAUAUGUUUUGGCAUAUAUUAAUAAUAUCUUAGGGCAUUUGACUAUAUAAUAUUUAUUUAUAUAUUAGUCCAUAUCAUCAAUAAUAUUAGAUGAAAAGCAUAGACCCUAUUUUAAAUUACUCUCCCCCUUAAAACCUUUGUAUUAAUUCAAACCAAACUUGACCUUUUUGAUCCCUUGGUCCCUGUCUCGAUUGCCAAGUGAAUGGCUCUGACUUUUGCCUUGAGACUGCAUACAAAACAUGAGCUUUAAAAUCUGCAUUGAAUUUCUGUAAAAAUCUGCAUACAUAUUACAUCUGAUUAGAGAAAAUUUCAUGAUUUUUUUCAGUUAGUUUUUUGUAUGUAUUUACACACAAUGCAAAUAUAUUUUUACUGGUUUGUUUGUUUUGAAAAGAGACUAUAAUGACCUUGGCAAUCAUACCACAUCUUCUUUUUAUAUAUAAUGAGUUUAAUACAAAGCUGAUUGUGAUAUUGUAAAUACAUGUAUCAUAUAUUAUUGUUAUGCAGUACAGCAAUAAAUUUUAUUAUGUG